AGUAGAGUGCGACCCGGCGGCAGGGAGCAGUCAAUUUAAACGCGUUGUGUCUUCCGCGUCUUCGGUGUCGUUUUGGCUCCUCUGCCGGAUAUUCGCGAUCCGUGUUUACGUCCGAAGUUGUGGUGCCGGGUUCUGCAGAUUGCGAUUUAAAUCAGUGACAAGUGACCCCGAAGUGGCUUUAAUUUAAAACUCGUGUCCGAUACUCGUUAGUCGGAUUUCCGGUGAAGGAUGGCGGAUGUGCAGCUUAAAUCCACCGAAUUCAACAACGGGGAUGCUGCUGUCACCCAACGCGUUCCACCACCCGCCUCUUCGGGACCCCCGCAUGCAGGUGAAACAAAGCGCAUCGCUUCCGCCAGCGUUUCAACCACGACCCCAAGGCCCUCCGUCUGCAGCACCCCAAAGAUUUCCAACGAACAAUGGAUCGAGUGGCCCACGGCUAGGAGGUCCUCAACCGCCGUCACUAAGGCGUCUGGAUAGCCGUUCAUCCCUGGUACCAGGUCAGCGACCCGGAUCCCCGUUUGGACCGACGUCUCUUCAAGGUCAGCCUGCAAGGCCUCAGGGGUUCCCGCAAAGAGCACCGCAGCCACAAUUAUUUCCGGGACAAAACCAGGGCUAUCAAAAUUCGCCGGGUGCAGGUCCGCCGAAAAGAUUUCCUUCGGGACCACCGCAAGGACCGCGUCCUCAGAAUCAACCGGGGCCUCGGAGUCUGGCAACAACCGGUCAACCACAGCGUCCGCAAGUCAAUCAGCCACCACUGGGCCCGAAUUCCUCGCAAUUCAACGCCGUCAGGCCCCAAGGUUUCCCCCAAAGAACGCCUUCGCAGAGCAGCAUCCGUUCGGACUCUCCGGACAGUUCUCGACCAGGAACUCCCUCCGCUGCUGGUAGGCUAUCGAGCAUUUUUCCCCAGAGGCAACUGAUGUCCGGUCCGGAAGCUCUACCGCCUCAAACGAACAACGACUCCUCACGCGAGCUCCGAAAUGAUCUUUCGCUGAGCAAUGAUUCCCCGUCGCUGCAGCGCAAUCCCUUGGAUCCGAAAAAUGCGGAACGAACGGCUGGCGGCAAAGAGGAAAAGCUGAAAGAUUUGAUAGGGGGCGAUGAUAAAAUGGCGGAGAAUAUUAACGGUAAGCCGAAGAUGCCGAUCAACGCUGACGAUGACGACGACGUCGUUGUUGACUCGGGGAAUUCGAAGGAAAACACGGAACACCAAGAAAGGCAAGGCGACGAUCAUUCCGUCUACUUAACGAAAGAGAACGAACGGUCGGAUUCGUCAAUGUCGCAACAAGGUCCGAUUUCGCCGGGAGUUAAAAGUAACGAAAAACGUGAUAUCGAACAUCCGGAUAAUAUGCCGGAACGCAAGUCCUCCGGAGAUUCCAUCCUGCACGGUGUACCGGGGUCAAAUUUGAUCAACGAGUCGGGUUUGAGCCACGACGCGAAAGCUCUUACGCCGGAACCAUCGAAGACUCCCCAACCACGCGAGGAGGAACCGGAGUCCAUGAAAACAGAGGACAAACUUCCCCCUAAAGGGGAAAAGUUCGAUUCGCCGAUUCCAAGGUCUCCGGGGAACCUGUCUUCCCCGAUACCCGAAAAAUCACUCGAAUCGACUCCAGGGAAUUCGCCAAAACCCCGGGGAGAAAGGGAAGCGACCCCGCCUAUUGAGAACCAAGAAUUCGACGAAAGACUGUCGGUCUCGGGUUCCCCGAAAGCUUCGCCAAAAUCGUCACAUCCGAACGUGAUCGGGUUCGACGAUGGCAACGAAAGACCGUUGUCCUCAAAAUCACCGGCUUCUUCAUCCGCACCUUCGCCGAAUCCACCGAAGUCUCCAAGCUUCGCCUCGCCGUCACCGAGCCUUCAAAAUGCUCCGGUUUCUCCUGUGACACGUUCACCAGUUUCUACAAAGUCCCCGGUAUCCUCCGUGAAAUCGCCAACUUCCACCCCGCAGUCGCCUAAUCCCCCUAAGUCACCCGGAUGCUUGAGAUCAUCGGAAGGGGAAAAGUCCGGCAGAAGCACACCGGACACCGAGGGAGCUAAGAAGCGGGCUACUUUCGCCAAGGAUUUGAUAAUGAGCGGGACUAACAAGGACGACGAAAGCACAGCUUCAGUCGCGAGCGAGUUGAAGGAUUUGGAGUUUACCACUCCGGAGGAAUCGUCCAAGGGCACACCGACCACACCUUCUAAGGGUACUCCGGGUACCCCGAAGAAGUCCUUCUCACCAUCGAGUGUCGACCGAAGUAGACACCGAUCGCGUUCUCCAAAAUCUGACGUUGGGAAAUCACCAGAGAAAGAAUCUCCAGCCUCGCGGAAUCGAACUGCGAGGGAGUCUAAAGAGCGCAACACGGCUUCGGCAAAUCGUUCCAGAAAAACAGAUGGGGAUAACGACAGUGGUGUGGACGAAUCGACACAAGGAAACGAACUGACGACAAAUGGAGAUGCCGGAUCGCCGACAAAGUCACACUCGAAAAUUCCAGGUCCGAAACGAUCGACUUCAAGUUCACCGACAAAAUCGCCGAGCAAGUCUGUCAAGGGGUUGCCCAAAACUCCCGACACUUCUGUAGCUCCCUCUGCAUCUGCAGACAAAAAGAAAGUACCGAUGAACAAGAUUCAGGUCGGUGCAGCACCGUCACCAAAUUUAAAAACUGUCAGGUCGAAAAUUGGUUCACUGGAAAACACGAGCUACAAGCCUGGUGGUGGUAAAAUCAAGAUCGAGAAUAGGAAGCUUGACUUUAGUAAAGCGCAGCCAAAGAUUGCAGCUAAGAAUGACAAAUACAUGCCGAGCGGAGGAGACAAAAAGAUAACGCAAGUGAAACUUCAGUGGAACGCUAAGCCGAAAGUUGGCUCGUUGGAAAACUCGACUUACAAACCAGGUGGCGGCGAUAAGAAGAUUGAGACUGUUAAGCUGGACUUCAAAGAAAAGGCAAAGCCAAAAGUUGCCUCCAAGGAUAACGUAAAACACGUGCCAGGAGGCGGUACUGUCAAGUCUUCGACUACGCCGCCUGAAACGCCGCAGAAGGUAUCAGACGACAUCGAGACGGUGAAAAUUGAAGUUAAGGCUGAGAGCAAGGUGCACUCGUUGGAUAAUGUGAAACAUAAGCCUGGUGGAGGGGAUAAGAAGAUUUUCAACGACAAGGACUACCUUCGACAGACAAGUUCCAAUGUGGAAAGUUUAAGCGGCAGCGGGUCCCAGGAGGGCAAAGCCAAUGUUGCACUCAACGUUACCUCGCCAUCUUCAGCUAGGAAGACGAAGAAACUUUCUCACGCAGAGGACAGUUCGACACCUUCGUCUCAAGAAGCUAAUCCGAUAAAUCCAGUUGCUACUACAGAGUCUACGAUCCCUGCUAGACCGAAAUCUCGAUCUGAACAAGUGCCAGUUCCACCAACAACAACGCCUGUAGAAGAGAAGAAAGCAUUUCCUCAAUCGCGAAAAUCCAGCCUGGUAAAGACGCCGGAUAGAUCAAAAACACCGGAACAUUCUAAGAAGGUAACGAUCGCCGAGAGCGAGGAUGUGAGACAGAUCGAGACAAAAAGGAGUCCCAAAUCACCGACAGAGAAGCGACCGAAGACACCAGAAGAGAGAAGGCCAAAGACUCCGGAAGAGAAAAGGCCGAAGACACCGGAAGAAAAGAAGCCAAAGACUCCGGAAGAAAAGAGACCUUCGACUCCUAGACACGAAACUGGAGCCCAAAAGACACCAGACGCUGAGAAUAAGCCGUCGACACCGCGUCUCAAAAGCCCAUUGAAGAAGUCUCCGAAUGAGGAGCGUCAAAAAAGCCCAGGAAAGAAAUCACCCGCUAAGAACAGCCCAACAUCACCUGUGGGUAAAGUAACACCAAGAAAGGAAAGAUCGUCUCCGCCGAACAGUUUGCCGCUGAACAAUACUGAGGAUGCAAACGAAAAACUGAGCAACUCUUCUUCAAAGGAAUUCAGACUGCCAAAAAUAGUCUCAAGUAUGUUGCCGGAACUGGGUUCCCACGAUCCGGUUAUCGCCACGCCAGCUUCAGAUUCAAAAAUUGCAUUGCCAAAAUUGGUCGAUGCACCCAUCCCGCCAUCUCGAACCGGAGUGGCCCAAUAAAUGAAAAUUGACAAAUAUUUGCCAUGAUUCUGGUUUGACAUUUGUCCCGGUGGAGAUAUUCCGUAAAAAAAAAAUACCUAGUUUGUUACUGCAAAUAAGUUCUGAACAUACAGGUAACUUGUGGAACAAUUUUUACACAGAUGAUCGAUGAAACAUAAUAAUAUGGAUAAGACAUCAAGACGUGGUGAAAAAUCACUUACGGUAUCGGGCAGUCUUGAAGGAAAAUUACGUAAUUCAUACCUUGAUUAUUUAUCUAUUAAAUAUAAGUUAUAACGAGUCACUAUUACUCUUUAGAUCGAUAAAAUUAUGUAAUUUCAAUUUCACUUUGCCUUUUUACGUCGAGCUUAUAACGUGCGCAAGUAUGUUGUGUACGAAAGAAGUUAGGCUCGCUGUAGAAAAUACUAGCAUUUGAAAAACUAAACUAAAGAUCAAUUCGCAAAAAAAUUCACUGCUUUGUAACUGUUCUGUAUGGUAAAUUGGAAGGGAAAAAUUCAAAGUGCGAUUAACUACAACUAUGACGACUGAACUCGAAACAGAACGAUAAUGAUUGUUUAUUUAAACUUGGAUUGACAUCAUUUCAUUUUCAGUAACGUUUGAAUUACUAGAAAAAUAGCUAUCAUAUGUACCUUCGUUAUCCUAAUGUUUGACAGAAUUUCAGUAAACACGUAUAAUGAAUAUAAGGGCAUCGUAAACUUCAACAGCUGUGACUUGCUGACCAGCAAUUCACAGGUCUGUUAUUUGUUUUACAAUAAAUUACGAACUCCGUCCGUCGAAGAUCUUCCCAAAUGAUGAAAAUCAUUUCCGGAAUGGUAAAUUGAACGCAACUAUACAUAACAUCUACAUAUUUGUAAUUUAUAGAAAACGCAUUUGUUGUUAGAUGAUUAUAGGCAUGAAGACUAUUACAUGAAGGAAAAACGCUGUAGUUCAAACCAAGCCUAUGUUAAAUCUUACACUAAGUAUACCAUACUACGUAAAUGUAGUUACUAGGUAGUCAUUUGUAACUAUAAAAAUUACAUAUCGCAAUUGUUUCAAACGCUUCUCAUGUAAUAAGAUCUUAGAAGUAAUUAAACUAUGAAAUUAAAUAUCUAUGUGAAAUA